AUGUUGGGGUGUCUGAACUGGGCCAUGAUGGCUGCCUCCUGGAGAAACUUGACAGUGUUGGCCGAGUCUGUCAGAGUCUUCACUGCCACAGUCGUUUGUCUUCGACCAUUAGUCCACUGUGCCUUAUUAACAGACCCAAACUGA